AUGUCUGUUACAACUAACGAUAGAAAGCCUGAUGUUUCAUUGCAAUCAAAUGCUCAGAAGAGCAAUGUAAAGGCCGUGAAGAGCCCUACCAUUGACACUGAUGAUAUCGAUGAAGAUGAUGAAGCCGGUUCUAAUUUAAUCUUGGAAAUCAUUUCCCAGUUGAGACCAGGCUCUGAUUUGACCAAGAUUACUUUACCAACUUUCAUCUUAGAGAAAAAAUCUAUGCUAGAGAGAGUUACAAAUCAACUACAAUUUCCGGAUAUUUUAAUAGAUGCACAUAAUGAGCAAGAUGAUUUAGAAAGGUUCACUAAAGUUUGUAUGUGGUACUUAGCAGGCUGGCACAUUGCCCCAAAGGCUGUCAAGAAACCAUUGAACCCAGUGUUAGGUGAACAUUUCACUUGCUACUGGAACUUACCAAAUAAACAACAAGCUUUUUAUAUCUCCGAGCAAACAAGUCACCAUCCACCAGAAUCUGCUUACUUUUACAUGAUUCCGGAAUCACACAUUAGAAUAGAUGGUGUUGUUAUUCCAAAAUCAAAGUUUUUAGGUAAUUCAUCUGCAGCUAUGAUGGAAGGUAAAACUGUUUUGCAAUUUUUAGAUAUUAAAGAUUCUAAUGGUGUUCCUGAAAAAUAUGUUUUAACUCAACCAAAUGUUUACGUUAGAGGUAUUUUAUUUGGUAAGAUGAGAAUCGAAUUAGGGGAUCAUAUGAUUAUUAAAGGUCCAAAGUAUAAUGCAGAUAUUGAGUUCAAAACUAAAGGUUUCAUUUCUGGUACAUAUGAUGCCAUCGGCGGUACCAUUAAAGAUAAAUCAGGAAAAGCAUUGUAUGAAAUAUCAGGUAAAUGGAAUGAAGUAAUGUAUGUAAAAGAUUUAAGAAUUAAAGGUUCCUCUAAGCGUGUUUUAUUUGACACUUCAAAGGCCCAACCACUUAAACCUAUCGUUCGUCCAUUACAAGAACAAGGUGAAUAUGAAUCAAGAAGAUUAUGGAAGAAAGUUACAGAUGCUUUAGCGGCUCGUGAUCAAAAAGUUGCGACUGAUGAAAAGUCUAAAAUUGAAGAUUAUCAAAGAGAUAUGGCUAAAAAACGUUCAGAAGAUGGUGUUGAUUUCCAUCCGAAAUUAUUUAGAAAAGCAAAACCAGGUGAAGAUUUAGACUAUUAUAUUUUCAAUGAUAUACCUUCAGAUAUUACAGCGGAGUCACAAAUUAAGAAGAUACUGGAAAUAGUUCCGAUAUUACCUGGACAGAAGUUUACACAUAAAUUUGCAAUCCCUGGGUAUAAAAAACAUGAACUUCAAGAGAAUGAACAAACUCAAUAA